UGAUUUUAUCUCUCUGGUUGGUUUUGUUUGCUAUAGAAGGAACGCCAGAUGAGUUAAAUGGUGGAUGCAAAUCACUUAAUCUCACUCAUCUCCUCCUCGCUUCUCUUGGUGGUCUUGUCGCUGCUGCUGCUUUUGCCAGAGAAUCAUUCCAUCGCCGCAGGAAAGCUCAUCAAGGUGAUUCCAUGGGGAACAAAGAUCAGAAGAUAGCCCCUUUGAUUGAGAGGAAAGAUUCAGGUCGACGAUCAAACCUCGAGAGAUUCCCCCACUAUGUUGCAAGACAGCUUGGAUUUGAGGAUCCAAAUGAAUGCCCACAACUAUGCAAACUGGCAGAUGCAUAUUUGGUGAAAACAAAGGGAUAUGAUGAAAAUGUGUAUGAAUAUUUGGUGAAUGAAGCUGAGCCUGACUCUCUCUAUGUUCAUCUCCUUGAAGAAUUCGAAAGAUGCAUUCUCACGUAUUUUGCUUUCAAUUGGACUCAAUCUUCCAACCUCAUCUCUCAGGUUUUAAGCGACGAAUCGGAUCAGAAAGCACCAAAACUCAAGGACUUUGUGAUGGCAGCGACAAGAAAACAAAGGUUCGAGAGAGUAACAAAAGACCUGAAGGUGACAAGGGUUUUCUCGACAUUAGUCGAAGAGAUGAAAGUCAUCAACGUCGGCAGCAGCGGUGAGUCGCACUGUACUGAAGUAAUGUCUCCGGUGGCUCAUAACAAACGCAGUCCGGUCCUCCUCCUUAUGGGCGGCGGAAUGGGCGCCGGAAAGAGCACCGUCCUCAAAGAUAUCCUCCACGAGCCAUUUUGGUCUGAGGCAGGGGACGAUGCAGUGUUGAUAGAAGCAGAUGCGUUUAAGGAGACGGAUGUUAUAUAUAGAGCUCUUAGUUCUAGAGGUCACCACGACGAUAUGCUUCAAACUGCUGAAUUGGUUCACCAAUCAUCUACCGAUGCUGCAUCAUCAUUACUAGUAACAGCAUUAAACGAAGGACGUGAUGUGAUAAUGGAUGGAACCUUAUCAUGGGAGCCAUUCGUGGAACAAAUGAUCACAAUGGCUAGGAACGUCCACAAACAUAGAUAUAGAAUGGGCGCAGGCUACAAGGUGAACGAAGACGGUACAACGACCGAAGAAUAUUGGAGGAAAGAAGAAACAGAACCAAAUGGGAAACAACAAAACUUGAAACCAUAUAGGAUCGAGCUGGUCGGUGUGGUUUGUGAUGCUUAUCUGGCAGUAGCACGAGGCAUACGGAGAGCUCUAAUGGUGAAGAGAGCAGUGAGGGUGAAAUCUCAGCUAAAAUCACACAAGAGUUUUGCUAAUGCGUUCCCAAAGUACUGUGAGCUUGUCGAUAACGCUAGGCUUUACUGCACCAACGCUGUUGGUGGCCCUCCAAGGCUUAUAGCGUGGAAAGCUGGAAAUAGUAGGCUUUUGGUGGAUCCAGAAGACAUCGCGUGUUUAAAACGGGUCAGCAAUCUUAAUCCAGAUGCAGAAUCCAUUUACGAGCUUUACUCGGAUACAAACCUGUUAAGCCAGCCAGGUUCAGUUUGGACGGAAAUUGUUAUAGUCCCAUCAAGGCCUGAGGUCCAGAGAAAACUUAAUGAUACCAUCAAGAAAAUCGAAAAGACCCAAGCAAAAUGUGUUACUGUUAACUAGUUGUCUUUUGCUGUGUCUUUUUUUUAAUUUUUAUUUGUUUUGAACUUCUGUUUUGAUUUGUUUUCCUCCGAUUUUCUAGUAUUGUUGUACUAGUUUAAAUAAGAAUAAAAUUAUUAAUUUUUUUUU